AUGAAAGUGUGCUCAUGUACUGCUUAUGAAUGUGGUAUGUAUGGGGUACUAAUGUGUUAUGAAGUCCUUACGCAGGUACCCGUCAGCGAAAGUAUCACCAAUAUUUUCUACCAGUGAAUUCUGCAGCUAAAUGAGUCCUCCUCUCAUAACAUGGAAGUGUGAUAUGUGCUUCAUGCAUUGUGUGGCGCUGAGCCGUUGUUUCAUCCCAUCCAGGGAGAGACGUUUCCCCUGUUUGCAAGUUAAGCGGGCUGGUUGCCGAUCGGCGACCGAUGUUCUGCCGUCUCGCCUCAUGGGAUAGGUGUGGGUGCGUCUGUCACUCUGCUUAAUUGUAGAGGAUUACCUGCCAUCUCUCAAACUGCCACACUGCACCAUGGGACUUGGAAGUAGAUAAAUUGCAAGGUAUACCAUAGAGCAGGGUUCCUCAACUGGCGGCCAGCGGGACGAAUUUGGCCCACGGGUGGUUUUAUUUGGCCCCCCGAAAGUUUUGGAAAGGCCAUCCCAAUUAUUUGCAGGGAUAUAGGUUGUGAGUAUCGUGGAAUAGUCCAAAUCCUGGUUCUUUUUGUUAUUUUGCUGAAAGUCAGCAAAGCAGUUUAGUCUGGGACAACAGCUUAACUCGAGCAUUCUCAAAUAUGUAAACUAGCCCUUGCAUGGUUGACAUACUAGUUACAUGGUUGACAUACUAGUUACAUGGUUGACAUACUAGUUACAUGGUUGACAUACUAGUUACAUGGUUGACAUACUAGUUACAUGGUUGACAUACUAGUUACAUGGUUGACAUACUAGUUACAUGGUUGACAUACUAGUUAGAUGGUUGACAUACUAGUUACAUGGUUGACAUACUAGUUACAUGGUUGACAUACUAGUUACAUGGUUGACAUACUAGUUACAUGGUUGACAUACUAGUUACAUGGUUGACAUACUAGUUACAUGGUUGACAUACUAGUUACAUGGUUGACAUACUAGUUACAUGGUUGACAUACUAGUUACAUGGUUGACAUACUAGUUACAUGGUUGACAUACAAGUUAGAUGGUUGACAUACUAGUUAUAAUGGUUGACAUACUAGUUACAUGGUUGACAUACUAGUUACAUGGUUUGACAUACUAGUUACAUGGUUGACAUACUAGUUACAUGGUUGACAUACUAGUUACAUGGUUGACAUACUAGUUACAUGGUUGACAUACUAGUUACAUGGUUGACAUACUAGUUACAUGGUUGACAUACUAGUUACAUGGUUGACAUACUAGUUACAUGGUUGACAUACAAGUUAGAUGGUUGACAUACUAGUUAUAAUGGUUGACAUACUAGUUACAUGGUUGACAUACUAGUUACAUGGUUGACAUACUAGUUACAUGGUUGACAUACUAGUUAGAUGGUUGACAUACUAGUUAUAAUGGUUGACAUACUAGUUACAUGGUUGACAUACUAGUUACAUGGUUGACAUACUAGUUACAUGGUUGACAUACUAGUUACAUGGUUGACAUACUAGUUACAUGGUUGACAUACUAGUUACAUGGUUGACAUACUAGUUACAUGGUUGACAUACUAGUUACAUGGUUGACAUACUAGUUACAUGGUUGACAUACUAGUUACAUGGUUGACAUACUAGUUACAUGGUUGACAUACUAGUUACAUGGUUGACAUACAAGUUAGAUGGUUGACAUACUAGUUAUAAUGGUUGACAUACUAGUUACAUGGUUGACAUACUAGUUACAUGGUUUACAUAAUAGUUAGAUGGUUGACAUACUAGUUACAUGGUUGACAUACUAGUUACAUGGUUGACAUACUAGUUACAUGGUUGACAUACUAGUUACAUGGUUGACAUACUAGUUAUAAUGGUUGACAUACUAGUUACAUGGUUGACAUACUAGUUACAUGGUUGACAUACUAGUUACAUGGUUGACAUACUAGUUAGAUGGUUGACAUACUAGUUAUAAUGGUUGACAUACUAGUUACAUGGUUUACAUAAUAGUUAGAUGGUUCAUAUUUCAUAGCGGUUGAAUUCACAAUACAAGGUUCUCCAUCUUGAGGUUUAAACUCAAACAGUGCAAAUUGUCACAAUACAUUGCAUAUUCAGUAUGGGGUUUAUAACACAAAUCUAUUUUAGUCGCGUGAGAUGGGACAUUUGCGAUUCUGCAGCCGCUGGAAUAUUAUCAUGAAAUGAGUAUGUAAACAUACAGAAUCCGAAAGCAAACACCCUUGGUUCAGUUCACCAUGCAUGACCUGGUGCCUCCAUCCUGGCUAGAAUGAACUUCACACAGAAAGAACGGCAGGGCGAUAUUUUCCAAGCCGCUGCCUGUGGAUCACCGUUUAGACGACAUGCAGAAAACGAGAGGCAGCCAUCCUGGCCCUGUGUCAGAUAUUUACCCAAUGUUCUCCUGCAACUGGGUUUGACAAUUAACAAAAGCUGAAGUUUUGUCAGCAAGACAGAAAGAGAAAUGGGAUGCCUCAGGGUUGUUUAUUUCUCUCUGCCUAGGAAGGGACUACAGUUCAAAAUUAGCUGUCUGGCACAAAAUCUGGCACUUUUACAAAAAACUUGAUAAAUGUGCAUUGUCAAAUAAACCUACGGUUAUAAAGUGAAGUUGUGGCCUAGGGUGGUCCACCCUCUGGAUCACAUUUACUAUCUACCGCUGUGAGCAUGGGUUUGAACCCACUGCUCUAGCGUUUUACAUUUUAGUCAUUUAGCAGACGCUCUUAUCCAGAGCGACUUACAGUUAGUGAGUGCAUACAUUUUUAAUACUUUCUUUCUACUGGUCCCACGUGGGAAUCGAACCCACAACCCUGGCUAUGCUCUACCAACUGAGCUACACGGGACUACACUCCCUCCUGUUUCACUACCCUGUCUAAUAAACAGGAACAAUACUAAACAAGUAGGACUACUUCUGUUUAAAAAGAAGGUAAGUGGAGUAUAAUGACGGUAAUGUGGAUCUCCCCUUCUCUUUAGGUGAUGAUAGUCUACUUCAACCCCAGCGUGUUGCGCUGUAUCCUACUGAGAUGGGUGCGUCUCCUGGGCUUCGCCACAGCCUACGGAACAGUGAUCCUGAAGCUUUACAGGUUUGGUACAGGUCUACUUUCUAGUAGAGGUCUUUCACGUGGGGUAUAUUCAUUACUACACACCGUAGCAAAACAACUGCAUAUUCGGGUAGGUCCCUCUCUGUUUUUCGGCCCGUUUGGUUCCUAGUGAAUACACCCCAGCUGUAUCAUGCAGGAAUCAAUCCCAUAAUAUGGUACUGGUACUCCCUGUAUAUAGCUCCACAUUGAUCUGGUACUUCCUGUAUUUAGCUCCACAUUGAUCUGGUGCUCCCUGUAUAUAGCUCCACAUUGAUCUGGUACUGGUACUCCCUGUAUAUAGCUCCACAUUGAUCUGGUACUGGUACUCCCUGUAUAUAGCUCCACAUAUACUGUAGUUGUAACACUCUGGCUCCGGGACUUUUGUAUUUGAGCCAGGGUGUAUUGUGUUUUGUUGGGUUUUGGGUGAUUUUCUAUGUUUGCAUUUCUGUCACGUUUAUUUCUAGGUUUGGUCAUUGACUCCCAAUCGGAGGUAACGAGUGUCAGCUGUCGGCUCGUUAUCUCUGAUUGGGAGCCAUAUUUAUACUGCAUGUUUUCCUGUGGGCAUUGUGGGUUAUUGUUUCCGUUUUCAGUCAGGUUGACUGUGGACUUCACUAGUCGUGUUUCUUGUUUUUUGUGCUUUAACUAAAUAAAGUACCAUGUUCGUUUCACACGCUGCGCCUUGGUCUCCUUCACUCCUCGACGACCGUGACAGAAUAACCCACCAAAGAAAGACCAAGCAGCGUGUCCAGGAGCAGAGAGACUGGACAUGGGAGGAGGCACCGGGCAAGGAGAUGGAGAGGCUGGCGAUGGCCCAGGUGGGCACAUCGUGGUCCUGGGAGGACAUGCUCGGAGGCAAGGGACCUUGGGGAAGGAUCAAGGCCCUGGCGAGAGAGGAGCAACGGCGGCAGCAGGGCCAUCGUCGGAGGGUCGUGUGUCAACCCCAGAAAAUGUUUAGGGGGGGGCACACGGCAUGGACGACAGGGCUGACGGAGGAGAAAAGGGGGAGUAUCCAGGAGGCCACCAGGCCAGGGGUACACCGCCCUGUAUGUCCUGUGCGGAUGCCUCACACAGAGUGUGUGAGGGUAGGCAUUCAGCCAGGACGGGUGGUGUCCGCUGUUCGCUCCAGGCCUCCUAUCCGUCUCCACAGCCCGGUCCGGCCUGUUCCUGCCACCCGCACCAGGUCUACGGUGUGCGUCGCCAGCCCGGUCCGGCCUGUUCCUGCCACCCGCACCAAGUCUACGGUGCGCGUCGCCAGCCCGGUCCGGCCUGUUCCUGCCACCCGCACCAAGACUACGGUGCGCGUCGCCAGCCCGACCCGGCCUGUUCCUGCCACCCGCACCAAGACUACGGUGCGCGUCGCCAGCCCGACCCGGCCUGUUCCUGCCACCCGCACCAAGACUACGGUGCGCGUCGCCAGCCCGGUCCGGCCUGUUCCGGCCACCCGCACUAAGUCUACGGUGCGCCUCAGACGGCCAGAGUCUGCCGUCUGCCCAACGGGGCCUGAACUGCCCGUCUGCCUAAAGCCUGCAAAGCCGCCCGUCUGCCAUAAGCCAUCAGAGCCGUCCGCCAGACCAGAGCCGCUAGAGCCUUCCGCCAGACAGGAUCAGCCAGAGCCUUCCGCCAGACAGGAUCAGCCAGAGCCUUCUGCCAGACAGGAUCAGCCAGAGCCUUCUGCCAGACAGGAUCAGCCAGAGCCUUCCGCCAGACAGGAUCAGCCAGAGCCUUCCGCCAGCCAUGAGCAGCCAGAUCCGUCGGCCAGCCAUGAGCAGCCAGAUCCGUCGGCCAGCCAUGAGCAGCCAGAUCCGUCGGCCAGCCAUGAGCAGCCAGAUCCGUCGGCCAGCCAUGAGCAGCCAGAUCCGUCGGCCAGCCAUGAGCAGCCAGAUCCGUCAGCCAGCCAUGAGCAGCCAGAUCCGUCAGCCAGCCAUGAGCAGCCAGAUCCUUCAGCCUGCCAUGAGCCGUCCAGCCAGGAUCCGCCAGAGCCAGCCAGCCAGGAUCCGCCCCUUAGUCAGGUACUGUCCCUUAGUCCGGUGCCGCCCCUUAAUCCAGUGGGGUUUAAUUGGGGGGUGGUCAUGUGGAGGAGGCUAGGGAAGCGGGUGGUGACUAAGGUGGGGUGGGGACCACGACCAGGGCCAGAACCGCCACCGUGGACAGACGCCCACCCAGACCCUCCCCGAGACUGUAUGCUGGUGCGCCCGGAGUGCGCACCUUUAGGGGGGGGUACUGUAACACUCUGGCUCCGGGACUUUUGUAUUUGAGCCAGGGUGUAUUGUGUUUUGUUGGGUUUUGGGUGAUUUUCUAUGUUUGCAUUUCUGUCACGUUUAUUUCUAGGUUUGGUCAUUGACUCCCAAUCGGAGGUAACGAGUGUCAGCUGUCGGCUCGUUAUCUCUGAUUGGGAGCCAUAUUUAUACUGCAUGUUUUCCUGUGGGCAUUGUGGGUUAUUGUUUCCGUUUUCAGUCAGGUUGACUGUGGACUUCACUAGUCGUGUUUCUUGUUUUUUGUGCUUUAACUAAAUAAAGUACCAUGUUCGUUUCACACGCUGCGCCUUGGUCUCCUUCACUCCUCGACGACCGUGACAGUAGUUCCAUUCUUCUGUAUUUAAUUGUAUUACUCUUGUGUUACUGUUUUAUUUUAAAAUUGUUAACUCCAUUGUUGGGAAGGGCUCGUAAACAAGAAUUUCACGGUAAAGUCUACACCAGUUUUAUUCGGCGCGUGUGACAAAUAAAAUGUGAUUUGGCCAAAUGAGAGAACUUCUGCAGUGUACUGCCUAGAACUUUUGAGUCUUUUCUCCCAACGAUUUUUCCCAAUGAUGCUCUUUGAUGAGUUUGCCCUGUACAGCACCCUCCAAUAUCCAGGUUCCUCUCAGGAUUGGUCCUGGUUUGCCGUCGUUCUAUUUUGCUCCUUAGUAGUCAAAGCGAGAGGACAGUGGCAUAGGUAGCACUUUUACAUUCUCAAUCACACAGAUCUACCUACCGUAGCAUAGAGUUUUCUCCACUCUCCUCUGGGAAUGACUUGGCCUUCAUGUUGCCCUUUUUUACACUUCACAGAGUGUGUGUAUUGUCCACUCCCACUUCAGUCAAUAUAGUUUUGAGUGCAGUGCAGAAAAGAAGGGACCAAAGGGCAGCCUGCUACUUCCCCUGACAAAAUUACAAUUUAAGUUCCUCGUGGUGUGGUGGGCUUGAAACCUAACAUCAGUGUCAGUUCAAUAUAGGAGAAUCCCACACAGAUAUCAAAGAUGAGGCGGGAUCAAUCAUGGUCGAUCCCUCAGAGACCCCAGAGGUUGAAAUAGCUCCUUAUAUAGCUAUGCUAAUCUAGCCCACACUUCAGAAGGAACACACUGUUGCUAGUUCUUGCAAGGGUGUUGCAGCAGUAGUAUAGGAGAAGUAGCAACUGAAGCCGUAACACUGAUGGAAGUUGCAGUGGUAGAAGGAAUAAUGCAGUGAAAUUAAUGCUACAGUAGCAGUGGUAGAAGGAAUAGUGCAUUAUAAUGAACGUUAGCAGUGGUAGAAGGAAUAAUGCAGUGUAAUGAAUGCUGGCAGUAGUAGAAGGAAUAAUGCAGUAUAAUGAAUGUUAGCAGUAGUAGAAGGAAUAAUGCAGUGUAAUGAAUGCUAGCAGUGGUAGACGGAAUAAUGCAGUGUAAUGAAUGUUAGCAGUGGUAGAAGGAAUAAUGCAGUGUAAUGAAUGCUAGCAGUAAUAGAAGGAAUAAUGCAGUGUAAUGAAUGCUGGCAGUAGUAGAAGGAAUAAUGCAGUAUAAUGAAUGCUAGCAGUAGUAGAAGGAAUAAUGCAUUAUAAUGAACGUUAGCAGUGGUAGAAGGAAUAAUGCAGUGUAAUGAAUGCUGGCAGUAGUAGAAGGAAUAAUGCAGUAUAAUGAAUGUUAGCAGUAGUAGAAGGAAUAAUGCAGUGUAAUGAAUGCUAGCAGUGGUAGACGGAAUAAUGCAGUGUAAUGAAGGUUAGCAGUGGUAGAAGGAAUAAUGCAGUGUAAUGAAUCCUAGCAGUAGUAGAAGGAAUAAUGCAGUGUAAUGAAUGCUGGCAGUAGUAGAAGGAAUAAUGCAGUAUAAUGAAUGUUAGCAGUAGUAGAAGGAAUAAUGCAGUGUAAUGAAUGUUAGCAGUGGUAGAAGGAAUAAUGCAGUGUAAUGAAUGCUAGCAGUAAUAGAAGGAAUAAUGCAGUGUAAUGAAUGCUACAGUAGCAGUGAUAGAAGGAAUAAUGCAGUGUAAUGAAUGCUACAGUAGCAGUGAUAGAAGGAAUAAUGCAGUGUAAUGAAUGCUAGCAAUGGUAGAAGGAAUAAUGCAGUGUAAUGAAUGCUAGCAGUAGUAGAAUGAAUAAUGCAGUGUGAUGAAUGCUAGCAGUAGUAGAAGGAAUAAUGCAGUGUAAUGAAUGCUAGCAUUAGUAGAAGGAAUAAUGCAGUGUAAUGAAUGCUAGCAGUAGUAGAAGGAAUAAUGCAGUGCAAGGAAUGCUACAGUAGCAGUGGUAGAAGGAAUAAUGCGGUGUAAUGAAUGCUAGCAGUGGUAGAAGGAAUAAUGCAGUGUAAUGAAUGCUGGCAGUAGUAGAAGGAAUAAUGCAGUAUAAUGAAUGCUAGCAGUGGUAGAAGGAAUAAUGCAGUGUAAUGAAUGCUAGAAGUAGUAGAAGGAAUAAUGCAGUGUAAUGAAUGCUAGCAGUAGUAGAAGGAAUAAUGCAGUGUAAUGAAUGCUAGCAGUGGUAGAAGGAAUAAUGCAGUGUAAUGAAUGCUAGCAGUGGUAGAAGGAAUAAUGCAGUGUAAUGAAUGCUAGCAGUAGUAGAAGGAAUAAUGCAGUGUAAUGAAUGUUAGCAGUAGUAGAAGGAAUAAUGCAGUGUAAUGAAUGCUAAGAGUGGUAGAAGGAAUAAUGCAGUAUAAUUAAUGCUAGCAGUGGUAGAAGGAAUAAUGCAGUAUAAUGAAUGCUAGCAGUGGUAGAAGGAAUAAUGCAGUGUAAUGAAUGCUAGCAGUGGUAGAAGGAAUAAUGCAGUAUAAUGAAUGUUAGUAGUGGUAGAACGAAUAAUGCAGUAUAAUGAAUGCUAGCAGUGGUAGAAGGAAUAAUGCAGUGUAAUGAAUGCUAGCAGUAGUAGAAGGAAUAAUGCAGUGUAAUGAAUGUUAGCAGUAAUAGAAGGAAUAAUGCAGUGUAAUGAAUGCUAGCAGUGGUAGAAGGAAUAAUGCAGUGUAAUGAAUCCUAGCAGUAGUAGAAGGAAUAAUGCAGUGUAAUGAAUGCUAGCAGUGGUAGAAGGAAUAAUGCAGUGUAAUGAAUGCUAGCAGUGGUAGAAGGAAUAAUGCAGUGUAAUGAAUCCUAGCAGUAGUAGAAGGAAUAAUAUAGUGUAAUGAAUGCUAGCAGUGGUAGAAGGAAUAAUGCAGUGUAAUGAAUGCUAGCAGUGGUAGAAGGAAUAAUGCAGUAUAAUUAAUGCUAGCAGUGGUAGAAGGAAUAAUGCAGUAUAAUGAAUGCUAGCAGUGGUAGAAGGAAUAAUGCAGUGCAAUGAAUGCUAGCAGUGGUAGAAUGAAUAAUGCAGUAUAAUGAAUGUUAGCAGUGGUAGAAGGAAUAAUGCAGUAUAAUGAAUUCUAGCAGUGGUAGAAGGAAUAAUGCAGUGUAAUGAAUGCUAGCAGUAGUAGAAGGAAUAAUGCAGUGUAAUGAAUGUUAGCAGUGGUAGAAGGAAUAAUGCAGUAUAAUGAAUGCUAGCAGUAGUAGAAGGAAUAAUGCAGUGUAAUGAAUGUUAGUAGUGGUAGAAGGAAUAAUGCAGUAUAAUGAAUGCUAGCAGUAGUAGAAGGAAUAAUGCAGUGUAAUGAAUGUUAGCAGUGGUAGAAGGAAUAAUGCAGUAUAAUGAAUGCUAGCAGUAGUAGAAGGAAUAAUGCAGUGUAAUGAAUGUUAGCAGUGGUAGAAGGAAUAAUGCAGUAUAAUGAAUGCUAGCAGUGGUAGAAGGAAUAAUGCAGUGUAAUUAAUGCUAGCAUGUAAAGGAAUAAUGCAGUGUAAUGAAUGCUAGCAGUGGUAGAAGGAAUAAUGCAGUGUAAUGAAUGUUAGCAGUGGUAGAAGGAAUAAUGCAGUGUAAUGAAUGCUAGCAGUAGUAGAAGGAAUAAUGCAGUGUAAUGAAUGCUAGCAGUGGUAGCAGAUAGAAAGUGGUUGCAGUAAAGGAGUGUUAGUUGUGUCAGUUACAUAAUAAAUAAUAUUGAUAGUGAUGAUUAGCAGUAGAUGUCUUGAUAAUUUAAUGAAACAGAUUUCUUUACCUGGUUGUAACAGAGAACAGUUGGUUGUAAUCUGGUUGUAACAUAGACCAGUUGGUUGUAAUCUGGUUGUAACAGAGACCAGUUGGUUGUAAUCUGGUUGUAACAGACACCAGUUGGUUGUAAACUUUAUCUUGGCCAGGUUGCAGUUGUAAAUGAGAACUUGUUCUCAACUGGUUUACCUGGUUAAAUAAAGGUGAAAUAAAUAACAAAAAAUAACAGAGACCAGUUGGUUGUAAUCUGGUUAUAACAAAGUUCAGUUGGUUGUAAUCUGGUUAUAAUUGAGACCAAUUAGUUGUAAUCUGGUUGUAAAAGACACCAGUUGGUUGUAAUCAUGUUGUAACAGACACCAAUUGGUUGUAAUCAUGUUAUAACAGACACCAGUUGGUUGUAAUCUGGUUGUAACAGACACCAGUUGGUUGUAAUCUGGUUGUAAAAGACACCAGUUGGUUGUAAUCUGGUUGUAACAGACACCAGUUGGUUGUAAUCAUGUUAUAACAGACACCAGUUGGUUGUAAUCUGGUUGUAACAGACACCAGUUGGUUGUAAUCUGGUUGUAACAGACACCAAUUGGUUGUAAUCAUGUUAUAACAGACACCAGUUGGUUAUAAUCCUGUUAUAACAGACACCAGUUGGUUGUAAUCUGGUUGUAACAGACACCAGUUGGUUGUAAUCUGGUUGUAAAAGACACCAGUUGGUUGUAAUCUGGUUGUAACAGUCACCAGUUGGUUGUAAUCUGGUUAUAACAGACACCAGUUGGUUGUAAUCUGGUUGUAACAGACACCAGUUGGUGGUAAUCUGGUUAUAUGGCGUCUUCUCAACGAGAACCAUAAAACCCUAAAAUGACACUAUUAGACGUCACGUGCCAAAUUUUGCCAGCUGGGAUUUUGUUAACAGCAACAACCCUUCUGUCUCUUCCCUCCUCCAGGGUGCUGAAGGUGUUCCUGUCCCGUACGGCCCAGCGGACCCACUACAUCACCAGCUGGCGGGUGCUGCGUCUGCUGGGGGUCAUCCUGCUGGUGGUGCUGUGGUUCCUGGUGGCCUGGACCUCGGCCGUGUGUCAGACACCUGACCGGACGUCGGCCCUCAUCGAUGUGGGCCUCGUCCCCGACGGGCUGCAGUUCAGCAUGUGCCUACUGGACCGCUGGGACUACAUGAUGGCAGUCGGUGAGUUGUGACGCAAGUGUGGGCCCUUAGUCAAUACCCAGUGGGCAAAACUGGUUGAAAUUACAUCGUUAAAGCCAGAAACUGAUUGAAAUGAUCAAAUCAAGCUUUAUUUAUACAGCAGAUUUCAGACAUGGAAUGCAACGCAGUGUGCUUAACGGAAAAACUGAUAAAAAACAAUGAAAAUGAAAAGUGAAAUAUUUACUAGACAACAAACACAAGACAAUUAAAAACGAAGGAAUAAAAACUGAAGAACUAAUAAGCACCCUAAGGAAAAGAAAGCAAUGCUAAAAAGGUGUGUUUUUAAGAUCUCUUUUAAAUAUGUCCACAGUUUCGGCCCCCCUCAGGUUCUCUGGCAGGCUAUUCCAUAGUAACUAAAGGCUGCCUCUCCAUGCCUCUUGGUCCCAGGCUUUGGGAAAGUUAAAUGGCCAGUGCCAGAGGACCUGAGGGUGUAGUGGACAGUCAUUUUUAUCAUAUAUGAUAUUAUAAAUACCUCACGUGUCACUCGUAAAAAGACUAAGCAAUUAGCCUAUUUAGAAUGUUUAUCUGACUCCGUAAAGAUAAUUCAAAUAUACAAGCAAGCAUUAGGCAAUGAGAUGACGUUGACUAGCAAGAAUUGGUCUGGGAAAUGUCUAUAUCAGAGGCAAAUAUUUCGUUAACAUUGUACAAUGAAUGGAUUCACAUACAAGGCAUAGAGCUUAAGUUACGAGCAUUAACAAGCAUUACAAGACAUUAUUCCAAGCAUAUAGAUCCUAAGGUUAAAUUACAGGAAAAAGCAUGAACAAAGAGUUGCUUACUAGGCCAGAGUUCUAGAAGCCUAGGAUAUGAGAUUGAUCAUACAACCUUCCUCCAUGGACUGGAUACAGGAGAAGAGAGAGAUCAUACAACCUUCCUCCAUGGACUGGAUACAGGAGAAGAGAGAGAUCAUACAACCUUCCUCCAUGGACUGGAUACAGGAGAAGAGAGAGAUCAUACAACCUUCCUCCAUGGACUGGAUACAGGAGAAGAGAGAAUAAAGGCUUUUCAUUCCAUUUCUAACAACUGAAGGUGUAACCUUUCAACCCAAAAACCAACCACCAUUGACCAAUCAAACGAUACCAAGUUUACAGUAACCUAGACACACCCAGGCCCAAUCUCCACAGGGUGUCACAGCAUCUAAAGGCUUGUGUGGGGGAUGAGACCGAUGUAAAUAAGGCAGAAUUCCUGAGAGGACCAUAAAACCUUUUUGCAUAGAGAUCGUACAUCCAUAUAGAUAGCGUCAGAGUUAUCCUCAGUGAACAAGUUUCAGAUAGAUACCAGACAUGGAUACUAUACCAUUAUUCUAUCACUCAUUCUAUAGUCAAUCCUCUGGAUACUAUAGCAGAGAUACAUUUUAGCCCCUCAGAGAGGGAAGGGCUGACUGGUGCUUUGGCAUUGUCCUUUGUUCCUGGACCAUUUGCCAUGCAACUCCAGCUCAACUUCAGGGAGCACAUAAAUUAGUUCAGAAUCAAAAUGACACAUAGGUUUUUAACCUGGUGUUUUAUCUUUAUUGACGUUAAUUAAAAUGUGCGGCCAGAUUCUCUCUCUCUGUGCUUUGGCUCCAACAAGAAGUACCUCGGUCUUGUCUUGAUUUAGCUGGAGGAAGUUGUGAGCCAUCCAAGUAUUUAAAUCACCACAGUCUAAUAAUUUAUCCAUGGAGCUAAAAUCCUCUGGUGACACAGAAAUGUAAAGUUUUUCUUCUAUUAUUUUCAAUUUUUUAUUUUCUUAAAAACUGCAUUGUUGUUUAAGGGCUUGUAAGUAAGCAUUUCACUGUAAGGUCUGUUGUAUUCGGCGCAUGUGACUAAUAACAUUUGAUUUGAUUUGAUUUGAUAAGAACAGUGUGCAUCUUCGCAGGGAAGGCAGAGACAGCUAGUGUGCCUGUAAAUAUAAAUGGUGGAGAGGUCGGUCUGCGGUGCGGGGUAUCGGAGGGAGUGGGUUGAAGGGCGAUAUCCACCCAUCUAAGGUGCUAUCAGGUUUCAGGUGCUGUACAGCAAAACAAUUUAAAAAGAGAACAUACAAUAAUAAUUAUAUGAAUUAUUUAUGAGUUAAUAAAAAAAAGUGUUCAAAUUAAUAGGAAAUGAAUUAUCCCUCCCAUCAGCAUUUACAAACAGCUCACCAUGCAUACUGGUUAAAUACUAAGUAGCUUAUAAUAAGUCAUCAUGAUUUAUGAAUUUUCAUGAAUAAUAAUACACUCUAAUCACUAUUUACAAAUGAUCAUCUGUAAUCCGACAUGAUUCCCAGGUUGUCUUUGGUGUUAAUUAUUGAAGGAAUGUAAAUUAGGCUAAAUGUUAUGGGCUCCCAACUAACAGUGAGUCAGACAAUGGAGAACAGUUCUGAGAACUUAGAAUAAAGGAAACAUGAGAGACUGCCUUACAGUUUAGAGAAAUGUUAUUGGAAAAGGAAUGUAAAUUAGGGUCAACGUUAUAGGUUCCCGAAUAACAGUGAGUCAGACAGUCGACAGUUCUGAAAACUGGGUCGUAUUCAUUAGGGCGUGCAGUUUUGCAACAGAAAAUCAUAUCAGACAAGUCCAAGUAGUCCCUCCCUGUUUCAGUACGUUUUCUUCCAUUUGGUGUCGAAUGAACAUGACCCAUUUCUGAGAACGUAGAAUAAAGGAGAGACGAGAGACACGGACUACUGAGAACAGUUUUUAGAAAAGGAAUGUAAAUUAGUGUCACAGUUUUGCGCUCCCAAAUAACACUAAGUCAGGCAACAGAGAGCAGUUCUGAGAACAGUUCUGAAUAAAGGAGAGAUGAGAGACUUGGACUGCCUUACAGUCUGCUAAUCGCCAGCGACCUUGGAACACUAGAGAGGAUCCCUCUCCAGCAGGAGAUCUGUCAACAAGGCAGUGGGCUGGCAGUCAGCAGGAGAUCUGUCAAGAAGGCAGUGGACUGGCAGUCAGGAGAUCUGUCAACAAGGCAGUGGGCUGGCAGUCAGGAGAUCUGUCAACAAGGCAGUGGGCUGGCAGUCAGGAGAUCUGUCAACAAGGCAGUGGACUGGCAGUCAGGAGAUCUGUCAACAAGGCAGUGGGCUGGCAGUCAGCAGGAGAUCUGUCAACAAGGCAGUGGGCUGGCAGUCAGGAGAUCUGUCAACAAGGCAGUGGGCUGGCAGUCAGCAGGAGAUCUGUCAACAAGGCAGUGGGCUUGCAGUCAAGCUGUGGGAAAUCAAUGUUGGCAGAAAGGGAUUAGCAAAUGUCAGUGGCUAGUAACUACAUGAUGUGCAGCCAUCAACACUUUGUGCAUCAAAAGACAGGCUGAGGGCUGUACAUUUGGCCACUUUUUCCCCAGUGAAUUGUGUGUGAGUGGAGAUUAGUGAUGUGAGGCCUGUAUAUUUCCCUUUGUAGAUCUAUGGCAAAUGAAUUCUUUGACAAUUUAAAUUUAAAAAAUGAGAAGGAAUUGAGGCGGUUUUUAGAUGAACACAAUGCACUCGAUGAUCAUAGCAAUAGGAUACUUUGUCAACAAGUGUGAAAUCUUCUUUCAUAUUCUUUGAAGGGUCUAGAAAAAAGCAUGAGCUGACGCACACCCAAAAAUGUUUGCGGAGGUGCUGACCAACGGAGAGAAAACUGCAUCCAUGCUCCCAACAAUCCAAUGGGCAAACCCAACAACCAACGUUUCCGCAAAGCAGUUCCCUCUCCCGGAGUGCGCACUGCAUAUUCUUUGAAGGCGACAUGAGGACACCCUUGAAUUGUACAUACCAAAGCAACAAUGGUUGUCGUAAAUAAUGCAGAACUUCCAGAAUAUAAUUUGAGUGAGCAAUCAUUGUGCGUUGUGGACAGUAUAUACUGCAACUCUGCUAUUUGUUUGUGAGAGUUAAGGACAUUUAGAGUUAAGGACAUUGGUCUAACCCACCUGUAUUGUGGACCUCUCCUUAUCUAGCCGAGUUCCUGUUUCUUCUGUGGGGAGUGUACCUCUGCUAUGCUGUCCGGACCGUACCAUCAGCCUUCCAUGAACCACGCUACAUGACUGUUGCCAUAUACAAUGAACUCCUCAUAUCGGCAGUAUUCCACAUCAUUAGGUAA